AUGUUGCCAAUUAUUGCCCUCAUAACUGCAGUAUUGCUGACAGCUCAAGCUCACCAACUGCCUGAGCAGCCAAAGCUAGGAGCUGGUCCUAGUGUAGAUGGAAGCUGUGUUUUGAAGCACUGUACUGGUUCCUCUGGAGAGUGUGGAUUAGAUAAAGGAUGCAGGGAUGCUGUAGGAUGCUCUUACAAGUGUUUCCAGGAUUGGGACAAGGACACUUCACCGCAGAAGUUUGUCGUUCAAAACUGUACCAACAAAUGUGUUUUCACAUACGGAGAAGAAAAGACGUUUCAAGAGUACAUGGGUUGCCUCACCGACAACAAGUGCAUUACGUUCCCUCCCAUUCCUUCAACCUGCAAAGCCCCGAACGUUAAACCAGUCAAGCAGCUGUCGACAAAAGACUUUGGCGGGAAAUGGUGGGUGCAGCGCGGAUAUCACAAGGUGUACGAUUGCUACCCUUGUCAAACUAUUGAAAUUAAACAGAUCAACGAAACCGCUUGGCUGUACACUCCUCAAUACGAGACUUACCUUGUCAACAGCAGCCUUUACCUCGUGACCAACCAACAUUUUGUGAUGCCCAACACAGCGCCAGGAGAAAGCAUUUCCUUCACCUAUCAUGAUGUGGGGCUCGAUCAUUCUGAGACGUGGUGGCCAUUGGACAAAGCUGCUGAUGGUUCAUGGAUCAUAAUGUACUACUGUGGGAAUACUGUCCAGUGGAACUAUGAGGGUUCCCUGGUAAUGUCCAGAAAUAGGAUCCUGGAUCCGUCUGCUUACAAGCAAAUCGGAGCAAGUUACAAGCAAGCUGUUGGACUGGAUAUCAACGAUUUCUGCUUUACGGAUACUUCAAGCGAUUGCAUGAAUUAUACCUAA